GCCGGGGCCGGCGGGGCAGCCCCCGCGGCGAGCCCCUGCCUGCGCCAUGUAGGCUAUCUGGAAAUGGGGAAGAUCCUCGUGGAGUGAGGAGGGCUUGCUUCAUGUUUUCCUUUAUUUUCAGAGGUUUGGUUGGUUUGUUUUUUUUAAGCUGUAGAUGUUUUUCUCGCCCUUUUUUAAUUACCGUUUUUGGAAGAUGAAAUGCUUUUCACGUUACCUGCCUUACAUCUUCAGGCCUGCGAACACCAUCCUCUCCUCCAGCUGCCACACGGAAGCUGACAUUAUCUCUACAGUAGAAUUCAACCACACCGGAGAAUUGCUGGCAACAGGGGACAAGGGGGGUCGGGUUGUCAUAUUUCAGCGUGAGCAGGAGAGCAAGAACCAGCCCCAUCGCAGGGGUGAGUACAAUGUGUACAGCACUUUCCAGAGCCACGAGCCGGAGUUCGAUUACCUGAAGAGUUUGGAGAUCGAGGAGAAGAUCAAUAAGAUCCGAUGGCUCCCGCAGCAGAACGCCGCCUAUUUCCUGCUGUCCACCAACGAUAAAACUGUGAAGCUAUGGAAGGUCAGUGAGCGCGACAAGAGGCCGGAGGGCUACAACCUGAAGGAUGAGGACGGCCGCCUCCGAGACCCCUCCAUGAUCACCUCGCUGCGGGUGCCAGUGCUGCGGCCCAUGGACCUGAUGGUGGAGGCCACCCCCCGCAGGGUGUUUGCCAACGCGCACACGUACCACAUCAACUCCAUAUCUGUCAACAGCGACUACGAGACCUACAUGUCGGCCGACGACCUGCGGAUAAACCUCUGGAACUUUGAGAUCACAAAUCAGAGCUUCAAUAUCGUGGACAUCAAGCCAGCCAACAUGGAGGAGCUGACGGAAGUGAUCACCGCCGCGGAGUUCCACCCCCACCACUGCAACACCUUCGUGUACAGCAGCAGCAAAGGCACCAUCCGGCUGUGCGACAUGCGCACCUCCGCCCUCUGCGACCGCCACGCCAAGUUUUUUGAGGAGCCCGAGGAUCCCAGUAACCGCUCAUUCUUUUCUGAGAUCAUCUCCUCCAUCUCCGACGUCAAAUUCAGCCACAGCGGCAGGUACAUCAUGACCCGGGACUACCUCACUGUCAAGGUGUGGGACUUGAACAUGGAGAACCGGCCCAUCGAGACCUACCAGGUCCACGACUACCUGCGGAGCAAGCUGUGCUCGCUGUAUGAGAACGACUGCAUCUUCGACAAGUUCGAGUGCGUGUGGAACGGCUCUGACAGCGUCAUCAUGACCGGCUCCUACAACAACUUCUUCCGCAUGUUUGACCGCAACACCAAGCGCGACGUGACGCUGGAGGCCUCGCGGGAGAACAGCAAGCCGCGCGCCGUCCUCAAACCCCGCAAGGUCUGCGUGGGAGGCAAGAGGAGGAAAGAUGAGAUCAGCGUGGACAGUCUGGACUUCAGCAAAAAGAUCCUGCAUACGGCUUGGCACCCUUCAGAGAACAUCAUUGCUGUGGCAGCGACAAAUAACCUGUAUAUAUUCCAGGACAAGGUUAACUAGGAGGACAAGUUAUUCUUUAGGAGUCUCUCAUGUACUGAAUACUAGUAAACACAAGAUUCCACAUGUUUCUUUUCUUUUUUUUUUUUUUUCCUUUCUUUCCUAUUCCUCUGUUAAAUUGCUGCUCGGGGAAUGGCAGUGUGCAGGGGCAGGCGGACCAGCUGCCGUGGGGCCGGGGCUGAGCAGCUCCCAGGUUUCCAUUUAGUGCUGGGAGCUCGGACUCGGUGCGGAGCAGCUGGGGGGGCUUCAGCUCCUGCUGUCCCAGCGCCCCGAGGCGUUGCUGUGAAGUUGGCUGACGGGUGGUGAGGCGGCAGCGCAGGGCGCCAUCAGCUGCAGGGGGAGCAGACGGGGCGGCUGUGUGCACCGCAGUGCGGGGUGCUGGGCUUCUGUAAUCCAUGCCGAUUCUUUAAAGCUUAAUCCUAAAUAUCCCAGCUAUUGGUUCAGGAUAGCAGAGCCCUGUCCCCAUUUUUCACAUCUGUCAUUUUGCCGUCAUCAUUUCCUCUUCUUACCAACAGCAAAACCGAACACAGAAUGGAAUUGUUGCGCCCGGAGCUCCCAGGAAACUCCCCAGGAUUUGGCUUUGUUUCGAUACUGUGGUGCCUUUUGGGUAUAUGAAAUACCUUUAUAAAUGAUGCUUCCAAAACACACUGAUUGCAAACCAAACUGAACCUGGGCUUUAAUUUUUUUUCCUUUUUUUUUUCUCUUUCUGCACUGUGGUCAUUGUUAUUGUCCUGUUGCUGUACACCUGCACUUCAUACUCUUUCUCUUUUUAAUUUAUUUAUUUAUUCUUUUUGGUUUUUUUUUUUAAAGAAAAAGUGUAAGUUGCUAAUUUAUGACAUUCUAAAAGAGAACCCAGCCCAACACUGCUCUCAGCUCCUCCAUGGGCUGCCCACGGUCCUAGAUUAUAAUAAUAAUAAUAAAAUCAGUAACUCUUCCUGUGUGCAUGGCCAGGCUCCCCCUUUCUACUGUUAAGAUUGUUCAGAUCCUUUUUUUACUCGAGCAAAUGUUGAAUUAAAAAAAUAAUUUUCAGUCUGGAAACCGCUCCUGCAAGACCCAGUGAACAAAUGAAGGCAGUACAGCACUCAACAGCACCACCUCAGCAGUGUCCCCAGGACGGCGGCCCUGCUGAGCCGCCACCACCUCACCUGUGUCCCCCAGGGAAGCUUCCACCCCGCUCUAAGGGCAAAGUGCUCCCUGCCCACCGCCCCUCCUGUACUGCGUGCUUCGGAUGCCCUGCAGCUCCUGCAGUGCCUCUGGCCCUCAGCCCCUAAGGAGGAGCCUGGGGAGGCCCUGCCUGGAUCUGUGGGGCAGGAGCAGGGGGCAUUCGCCAUCCCAAAGGGAUGAGUAGGGGGAUGUGCACUGCCUCACACAUUUACUACAAGUGGUGGCUUCCAGGAGUACCUUUUUUUUAAAUGGUUAAAAAAAAAAGCCAAGAUAAAGUAACUUUUUUUUUUAAAUGUUCUUUUUUUUUUGUUCUUGUACAGAAAGCCUGCACUCUGGUACCAGAAGUAAAGUUGUUCCAAAUGUG